UCCGGUAACUAUCCGUGCAUUUUAGUAUUUUACUAAAAUACAAUUUUAAAACCCCUCUCCAACAAACUUUUCCGGCGACAGUUACCGUCGCUGAUCAUCUCUCCCGGCGAUCCGUACGUACGAUUCAGCGAAAUGAUGACGUCACCGACAUCCAUUGAUGACCUCAACAUAGACCUUCUUGGAAACAUAGUUGGUAGGCUUCCGGCCAUCCAUUUUGCCUCUGCCGAUUGCGUUAGCCGCUUCUGGAACCGUGCUUGCCGUCGUGUUCUAAGCCGCCCUAAGCUCUCCUCCGCCUGCUCCUUCAAUCCUGAUCUUGAAGUUGCUGUAGAAAGCGUGGCGAAUAAAGUACUAUCGGAGCCAAUUCGUCCUCAUUUUGCCAUUGCUUCUGUUUGUCGUGAGAUCGAUUUUCCAAGGGCUCACCAACUGAUUACCGAAAAACUAGGCUCCAACGUUCCUGUCAUUACUAAUUGUUCCCGUGGAGUUAUUGGAAGAGAUGCGAUUUCUGAUGAAUUCGACGAGUGGGAAGAUUAUGAUCGUACUGGCGCCAUAAUCAUGUUAAUGGUUGGAUUUCUACCAGGGAUAAAAGUCAAAACAAUCCCACUGAUGAAACCAUCCCAAUUUGUAAAAGAGAUUACUGCCUUCUCAACUUCUAUUUCUGGCUGUAUAUCUCCUGCUGCUAUAAUAAUGUUCAGUAAACAUCAAGGAUGUGUCGUAACAGCUGCUAUGGAAAAGAUGGAUAAUAUCAUGUCACCAGAAACUGUCAUUGUUGGCGAUUAUCAAUGUCAGUUCCAACAUACUAUUGGACGUAAUUGUGAUGCUGUUGCCUUGGUAUUUGUCAUGGACAGGAACAAACCUCUUGGUAUUGGAGAAACUCAGUUUCAUGCUGCAUUGUCAAGUGGACUGUUACCCAUAGGCCAUGCAUACAAGGUGACACGUGUUAAAGAUAAUGGCUUUCAGACUUGGCUCAUUGCAAGAAGAGAAGGGUCACAUGAGCUUCUUGAUGCUAAUACAAUUUGGAAUCUAGCUUAUGAAGACCCAGGAGUCCCGAUCGAGCUCCGUGUCUACUUUGGGCUGGAAAAAGAUGGACGGAUGACUUCUUUUGCAUUCCACGAAUUUUUUGGGGAUAAUGCGGAGAGCCUUAGGGUUGGUGGUAUAGGCAUUAAAAAAGGCGAUACUUUGCGUGUUUACCGCCCAGAUUCCACAACUGCUUUAUCUUCUAUUGCCAAUGUCUCUAACCAAAUGAGAACUUUCAAGCAAGGGAGAACCAGUGGCGGUGAUAAGUGGGAGGUGUUUGGCGGUCUUAUUUUCAAUUCUUGUGAUCGGGGUAAGUUUGUCCACGGACAACCAAACGUUGACAGCUCACCGUUUUUGGACAACUUUCCGGGGGUGACACUUGGCGGAACAUUUUGUUUUGGGGAAGUUGGGCGUGGCUAUAUUAAAGAAUCUCAAGAACAAAAGUUGGGGCAUUGUUGCCUGCAUGCAUCCUCUGCUGUCUAUCUGAUUAUGUCUUACCGUCCAUAGAAAAAGGAAGCAUGUUGGUUUUGUAUUGAGACUUUGGUGUUUAUUUCAGUUUUCUUGAGUUUAAUAGAUUAUGUAUGUGGGAUUGAACAAAGUUUUAAACAUGGAUUUUAUAUUUUUGUAGAGUAAAA